CUGAUCGCGAGACGACACACUUGCGGGAACAGCUCGAAGCAGAGAGAGAGGCGAGGAGAAGAGAGUGAAGAGAGAGGGAUCCAGAGAGAGAAAGAGGGGAAUCUGUUGAUUCAUAGGAUCAAUUUUUAUACAAUUCUUUGACUUAAAGGGAAUUAAAGGACACUUUUUUUUUCGUAUAAAGGGAUUUUAAAUCCAUAUAUAUUGGCGUCCUGUUAUUCUUAGAGAUUUUUAAACCUCUUAUUUUUCUCGCAUCCCUCCCUCAUCAUCUGCAUCUUCCUCCUCCAUUUCUUAUUGAAAGAAGCCCGAGCUCUGCGGGGAGUCUUCAAUCGCCUUUUAUUUCUUUUGUUUUGUUGUUGUUGAAAGCCUUCAGUCUUCCUCUUGUCAGCGAGCGCAAAAGAAAAAAAAAAGCACGAGGCUCCCCACCCCUCCUCCUCCCUACACUGGGAGCUGUCCGGUGCUGAAGUUGCAUUUCCUUCCUUCCCUGCAGGAGGACUGAACAGGGCAAGACAGGGACACUCAUUUACUGUUUUGACUAAAUCAUUCGGCUGCUCGGUUCCCACCCCAACCUGAAGACAAUCGGCCCCUUUACUCAGUGUGUUUACGGACGGGAUCGCCACGCUGGCCAGGCCGUCGGCGAUCGGCUUUGCAUCCGCGCGAGUGUGUAUCGCUGAGUCCGCGUGUACCUUGUGUUUGUGGUGCUCGCGUGUGUGCCGGCGUCUCUCAUCACCAUGCCAAGGUCUUUUCUGGUGAAAAAGGUGAAACUGGAUGAUUUCUCCACCGGGGCGGACCUGGAACACGCCUACCGGCACAGGACGGACCUCAGCCUGCGGCUGCAUGACAAAGCUGCCCACAUCAGUGACUACAUCAGUCCUGUGGUGUACGAUGGGGAGAGCGAUGGCGGCAUCAAGGUACCCUCUCCUGAUCCCCUCUAUGAUGGUAUCCAUAGCGACUACGGUGCCCCCGACUCAGAGUCUCCGGACAGCCCAGGCUCGGAAAUCACGGAUGGCUACAUCAAUGGGGACACCGCAGUGAGUGAAGGAUACACAGUCGAUGCCUUCUUCAUCACAGAUGGCCGUUCAAGAAGAAAAGCCCUCGGUAGCCCCCGGAGCGUCCAAAGGCAUACCUGUAAUGAGUGCGGCAAAACCUAUGCCACGUCUUCCAACCUGAGUCGGCACAAACAGACACAUCGCUCGCUUGACAGCAAGCUAGCUAAGAAGUGCCCCACCUGUGGGAAGGUGUACGUGUCCAUGCCCGCCAUGGCUAUGCACCUGCUCACUCAUGACCUCAAGCACAAGUGUGACGUCUGUGGGAAGGCAUUCAGUCGGCCAUGGCUCCUGCAGGGUCACAUGCGCUCCCACACUGGGGAGAAACCAUUUGGGUGCGCCCACUGCGGGAAGGCCUUCGCGGACCGCUCAAACCUGCGUGCCCACAUGCAGACCCACUCAGCCUUCAAGCACUUCAAAUGCAAACGCUGCAACAAGACCUUCGCACUCAAGAGUUAUCUGAACAAGCACUAUGAGUCCGCCUGCUUCAAAGGGCCCUUCUCCCCCCUUGGCCCAUUAGAAGCAUGACAACCUAUAAAGAGAUCAAAUGAGCAACAAAACUGCAGACACAAAUUACCCUAUCCUUAAAGACUAAACUGCAGACGGUAUAUUUUUGGUCAGAAUGCGACCUUGCUUUCCCUCCUUCUACCUCCCUAACCCCCACCCUCCCACACACUUCCUCUCCCUCGGAGCCUGUCCACAAUGACGAAAAUGAUGAAGAUAGCACAAUUUUUCUCCUUGAGAUUUUCCCACUUAAGGAUUUAAAUGAUUGACGCAUGCACUUCCUUGAAAUCUCUUCACAUCCUUUUUUUUCCUCUGUCUUUUCAGGGCAGAGACACUGAUAUUACUGCAGCUUUCUCCUGGCAUCUAAAUAUGACUGCGUGUAUUUUCAAACAUUAAUGAUGAUGAGAAAAGUGACAAAGACCAUAGCGAUUAUAUAGCUACUAGUUUUCCCCAUGCACUGAAAUGCAGUGAAAGUGUUGUUUUUUUUUCAUUUGGAUUCUGCUUUUUGGGGGAACAGUAGAAAUAAGAAUAGUAAUAAUGCUGAGGAUAAUAUUAAUAAUGCUCUGCUGCACCAAGUGACCAUAAUCUCUCCAGUAUUGAGGUAAAAAUAUUUAUUUAUUUAUUUAAGCAAUUUUCGUUUUUAUUAAUUUGUUGCAUUUUUGUACUUGAUUUUUUGACAACAGAGGCUGUUUAUUUGCACUUUAAGUUCUGGAUAUGUCUUUUUACCACUACAGGCCAAAGCAUAUGUCACUUUUUUGAGUAGAAUUGUUUUGAUUAUGUUAUUUUCCUUCUUUUUUAUUAACAUUAUUGCAUGCAAAAAAAAAGAAAAGUAAUGAAACCUAUGCCAACCACUUAAAAAAAGCUUAUGAAUUUUUGCCAAAAUUCCUAUAGAUACAACCCGAGGGCAAUAUUUUUUUCUCUUGGAGCCUCCAUAGGACUCUUUAAAGCAAUAAUCACCUAAUGCAUGGAAUUUUAUGAUGAAGUUAUGAAGUAUUACCUACUACUGUAUAGCAGUUCGAAGAAUCAGGUAUGUUUUACUUCACCUAUAGUCAUAAACGGAAAAAUACUAACAUUGCAAACAUCAGGGAUCAUGCCAAUGUAAUGUUAGAGUGACAAAAAAGUCCCAUCCUUCCUUUCUUGUUAUGCACUGCCUGCCUCUUAGAGAGUAGAACUAUUGUAGGAUGUAGGCUGGGAUCAACUGCCUGCUGGGUGCGGGGCCUAUUGCAGGAUAACUGAGCUGUGAUUAUGACACGCCCGUCACUGUUCUGCAUCAUCCAUUCAACUGAUGCACAGGUGUGUUCAAAAAAGUUAAUAUGGAAAAUUAAUUCAUUUCAGUAAUUAAAUUAAUGAACUGGAACUGAAAAAUGAAAAUAGAUUAAUUUGACACAGAGUAAUAAUUUUUUACCAUCUAUUUUUGUAAAUUUGCUGAGCUAAUGAAAAGCCUAAAUCAAGUUUAUCAGAAAAUUUGAAUAUUAGGUAAAACUGCUAAAAGCUUUGGCUAAUUUAUCACCGACAAAAGACUAAUGACUCUUCUAGCAGCCUUUAAACCUCCACAAAAAGUAACUAGUGCUUUAAAAGAAUUCUUACACUUUUCUCUCAGCUUAUCGUCAACAUCCUUAUUGAUGACUGUGUCAGCCAUGAGACAACAUUUUAUUAUAUAUACAUUAUUAACUGAUACCAUGCAGUAUUAACAUAUUUCUGCAAGAUAUAUACUUUUGGACUUUCAUUAGCUGUAAACCAUAAUCAUCGAAAUGAAAAAAACAAAACAACUAAAAGUAAUAAAGACAGAGUCUAAAUAAUGUGUGAUUUUUUUAAUGGAAUUACUGAAAUUAAUUACUUUUUCCAUAAUAUUCUUAUUUAUCAAGACUGACAUCUACUUUGAAUUGCUGUUCAGUAAGAAACCAAAAGGAAUUGAAGAUAGGAUGUGUUUAAACCUUAACUGAGAGACGGCAAGGGACUCUCUGCAUGCUGUCACUGGAACAAAGCAAAGUUUGAUGCAUUGCUGAAGCUGGACUCAGGUCAGUUCUGACGGCAAUACAUUAUUUAAUCAUCUCUCACUGAGUGCUUCCACCACAUAAACUGUCCAAUCUUCAACAACAGAAACAGACUGCACUUUGUCUGACCAGCUUGCUUAUAAUUCCGUUUCUUACAGCAGCUGCAUGGAGCAGAGUAUUAUUCUGCAACAGGCCCCCCAUUCACCACCCUGUAGGCUCACCUAUGAGUGAUAUACCUACAGACAGGUUAACUAAAAUCAGCUCUGACCCCAUAAAUAAUUUAGCUUGUAAUGUAGGUGGUCAACAGCAGUGAUGCUGAACCCAGUUCUCUGCAGCUCAGAAAAGUUUUUUUUUUUUUUCAGAUUCAUGGAGCUUCCAAUGAGACAGACUGAGCACAAAAAUGACAUUCUUAGAGCCCAUCAAUGUGAAAUUAUGACAACAUACACUUUGUACAUAUUGUAACCUUAAAAAGAAAAAUUUAAAAUGUUGAACAAGUGCAUCAAUAUGCAUGCAAGAAAACAGUGCCUCAUGAUGAACCAUUUGAAAUAACAGAUCUGUCUGCAAAUAUGUUUGGAAGUGGGAAUUCACAAACCUUGAUAAUUACACUGCUUCCUGAAGACUGAUGCCAUUUGGAGAUGAUUUUGACAAAGGAAAUCUUUAUGAAAACAAGGACCAAUAGAGUACCUAUAGUUUUGGAGAGUUUUGAAGAGAAUCCUUUCAUAGAUUCUACUUUAUCUGCAAUGAUGUCAAAAGAAACUGUCUAAAGAUAGUAAGAGGUUUUGCCAGAUUUAAUCUUUGUUACAGCUGAAGCUAAAACAACAACACAAACUGUGUUAUGCAGGCUUCUGUGAAAGGUAAAAAUAUUUUGCCAUUAAUUCGGAAAAAAGGAGCAAGAAUCAACCAGAUGUUGCUCUUGUUUAAGUGCGAAGAAUUUUGGCUUAAGUUAGUGAAAAUGUAUUAAAUCAUCAGUCAGAGCUAAAAUGUUUAAAAACUUACUUUUAUUUCCCUUCAGCUUGCAAAUAGAGGAAGACUAGUUUGUACAAUACUUAAGUUCAAUAUUGAAUUAAAUGCUACAGUACUGCAUAUGAAUCAAUUCUUUUCACAGCAAAUUCACACAACAGAACAAAGCUCUGAUAUAGCCCUUAUAUUUCUUAACCUUAACUCAAAUAUCUACUCUCUUAGAGAUGUGGCAUAAACAGCAGUUUUAAGAGCCAUAGCAAACUUCUGUGCAGCGACUGAUUAUAUGCGAUGAGGCUCCGAAGCUGCUUCCUGCUUUAAUGUCUCCAAGAGUUGGUUUAUAGACUUUGCACGCUACUUUAACUGUCUCCUGGGCGUUUGGCUGAAACUCUCAUGAGGCUUUUCAGUGGUAUUAAACCAGAAGGAAUACAUUAUGAGGUCUGUCUGCUUGGGUCUGUCUCCUAGUGAGCUCCUGGUCUGGCCUUUUUUAAGUACUUCCAUUGUAGACAUCUCCACCUUUUAAGAAAGUAGCACAAUGAAACUAACUAGAAAUCAGGUAGAGAAGAAUUAUAUAUAUAUAAAAAAAAAACAACUUGUACUAGCUUGACCUCUCUUCUUCUUCUUUUGUAAUUCCAAGUUAAAGAAUGAUGAAAGCCUAAAUAAUGAAUUAUUUGAGAGGAGUUUGCAAAGAAUCCUUAGGGUUGAGAUGUUUUUACUGCUCUCUAGCGAUUCUGACAUACCUUUACUCAGGAGGGUUGGAUCUCUG